UUGUCUAUUCAAAAACUUAUUCUUACCAGUGUUUUCUUUUCUUUACAGAUGGAAGCUGUCUGGAGCAAUCAACGGGACUAAUGAAGCAAUCCGCAGCCGGGAUAUUGGACUAGCAGCCUCUCGAUCCGCUUCCAAACGCAAUAAAACAACACACCCCUGCCAUUUCAAACCAAACGUCAGGCGCAAGCGAAAAUAACCUUUAUCGCACUAGCAGAAAGAAAACAAAAUUGCAACCACGUCUCCCGAUGGCUAAGCUCGGAGUGGAGCUAAACGGAGCGACAUGUCAAUUAACACUCGUCCUAACCCGUAAUCAAAUCCGCCACAAAAGUAAAAUACUUCACGACACAUUCCUUACUUGACUCAGCGAAGAUUAUUUCCAAUUGAAAGCUGAAUAAUAAAGACGAUAAAUCAAAACCAAUGUAUGGUAAAGUCAAGAAAACGAAAGCAAUCGUCCUCCGAGCCAGGGACGCGUAUGGCGACUCAAAGACGUAACUCCCAUGGUCCACUGCCUAGCUUUAUUGCUUUACCUUCGUGUCUUUUCAUACUAGUGUCUUUAGUGCCGGCAGACGUGGCAUUCGCCGCGGUAGACUUCAACGACUCUGCUCUCAACAUAGACUUCAUCAUUAGCCCGAAUUCCACUUUUAACUGGACGCUUUUCGACGACAAUUCAACUGUAACCAAAACUCUUCAAGACAACAUCAAGCACACGAAGUAUUCCACGCCAGUCACGAUUCUUAUGGUCACUAUAUUUAUGAUAGUCAUCUUCGGCACGAUCGUCGGCAACAUUCUAGUUUGCGUUGCUGUUUGUUUGGUGAGGAAACUUCGGAGACCGAGCAAUUACUUGAUAGUAUCGCUGGCGGUGAGCGACUUGUGCGUGGCGAUAAUGGUCAUGCCCGUAGCGAUGGUUUACGAUAUACUCGGCACAUGGCCGUUCGGUCCAGUGGUUUGCGAUUUCUGGGUAUCCAGUGACGUACUAUCCUGCGCGGCGAGUAUUCUCAACCUGUGUAUGAUAUCCGUAGACCGGUAUUACGCGAUCACGAAACCUCUAGAAUACGGUGUAAAACGUACACCGAAAAGAAUGCUGUUCUGUGUUUUUAUAGUCUGGAUGGGGGCAGCGUUCAUAUCGCUCCCGCCCGUUUUAAUACUUGGCAAUGAGAAGACUGAUACAUCGUGCUCUGUGUCACAAAAUCAGGGAUACCAGAUAUAUGCGACGUUUGGUUCGUUUUAUUUACCACUAUCCGUGAUGAUAGUCGUGUACUACAAGAUAUUUAGUGCGGCGAGGAAAAUCGUAAAAGACGAGAAACGCGCUCAGUCGCAUCUGGAGUCGCAUUGUUAUCUAGAAAUCAAUGUGAAGAAUGGUGGAGCCGCUGAAGCGAAGCUGCUGGGCAGUCAACCAGUCCCGGCAGCGGCCAGAGGUUCGACGGCCAGCACAAACACUACAUGUAGCGUAGACAAAACAGAAAGCAGCAUAGGGCGGUGUUUUAGCGGGCAACGCAAGUCCAAUGAAUCCCAGUGUCCUAUGCUUCAGCAGCCUAAAACUCCUACGAGACCUAUUCACACCAUCAACAGAUCAGCUCAGAUGGUACACACACCUGAAAUUAAGCUACCAAUCAGGGAUAACAGGCGAAGGCCAUCUUUAGAGAACAAGUCAGCUUCGAACCGGAUUCGCUCUUCGCUAUCGACGUUUGCUCAAAAGAGUCAUAUAGCUAAAGACCUACUGCAUUCAUCUCAGUCGCCGCAUCAAAAGAAAUUACGCUUCCAACUGGCUAAGGAGCGGAAAGCGUCCACAACUCUCGGAAUAAUUAUGUCAGCAUUUGUUAUUUGCUGGCUGCCUUUCUUUGUACUUGCUCUUAUAAGACCUUUUGUCGAGGAAGGGACAAUACCCGACGCAGUAAGCGGACUCUUCUUAUGGCUAGGUUAUAUAAACAGUUUGCUUAAUCCUAUAAUUUACGCGACGCUUAACCGUGAUUUUCGGAAACCGUUCCAAGAGAUCCUGUUUUUCCGGUGUUCGAACUUGAAUCACAUGAUGAGGGAGGAGUUCUACCAUAGUCAGUACGGGGACCCUGAUCAUUAUUGCGUGAACACUACUAAGAUUCAGAACUACGACGAAGGAGUGGAGAUCGUGUCAACGGCCGACCGCGAGGAGACACGAGCGUCGGAAAGCUUUCUAUGAUUGUCGAUGCACGAGGUCACAACAGACCUAGAUACUGUGAUCUAAUUAAGACUUUUAUGAUAAUAUAAGCCUAACAAUAAGCCAAGGUCUAACGGUUUGUUAUUUUGUUUUAAGACAGAAAUGUCUGCUGACAGAGAUAUGAAUCUUAAUUUAAAUGUAAAUUGAACGAUUUAAGGGCUUUUGUGGAAAAUUACAAGUAUUUAAAAUAAAUCAUGUUGUAAUCUGCACAAAUUUUUGAAAUAGAAGUAAGUUAUGAUUUUUGUAUUCUUGCAGUUACUGCUUGCAGUUAAAAACUUCACACCUGAAAAAUUAAGCAAAUAUUGUAUUUCAAUUUUCCUUUUAAUUAAGUUCUUAUCUCUAAUAUAUUAUGCGUCAUAUUUUAUUUAUAUGUUCUUGGUAUGUAUUAUUUAUUCGUAACUUACUAGUCGUUGCUGUUUGUUAAUUGUGAUUUUUUAAUAGUAACAAAGUAUUAAUUAUGUAAAUUGUAUAUAUUGAAUAAGAAAUUGUCUUGGUACGUAAGGUUUUCAUAAUUUUAAGGUGUUUCGGAUUGACCAAAGAUAUUUAAAGUAACACGAUGUGUUUUAAAGUUGAUGUUAAUUUUGGGGUAUUGUAAAUAAAAUUGGGAUUUAACUUAUUGACAUUUAAAGUAGUAGCCAAAGGUAUUUUAAUCCAUGUGAUAGUAGAUAUAGAAAACUCUAUUAUAUAUUAAAAUCUAUGUAUUGUUGUAAAUAUUUGUUUCAUUAUUUAAGAUAUACGUAGAAUAUUAUUGUUUUGUGUAUUAAAUAAAUAUGUACUACGAGAUAUGUAAAACGAGAUAUUGUUUCACUCGUCUACAGUGCACUAAAUGCAGUUUUUAUUAAAACAGUAUUCUUGUGAGGAACUUAUAGAUUCAAAUUAUUAUUUUUUCGCUUUCUGGAGCCCAUUUAACGUCCGGGAUUACACUAAUGUUAUUAAAGUGUCACAAAAACUCUAUGCAAUUUGAUAAUUUGUCGUUCAAAAAACUAGGUAGUUUUAGGCCAAGAAAAAAUCUUGUCAAAAAAUUGGAUGAUAAUUUUAAAAACAAUAGGCCGUUGUAUUCUAGACCAUUCUGAAGAAAUAUUUCUUAUUAACAGUCACAAUUACCGUCUAGUAAUUAAAAGGAGUUGUUAGGUAAUUGUUUGUUACAUAGUAGUAUUUUACAUUGUAACCAUAGAAUCCAUAAAUGGGAAUCCCAAAUUAUGUAAUAAGAAAUUGGUACUGCCAUUAUAGUAAAAUGCCAUUUUUCUGUACAAAAAAAGAAUAGUCGUUCGUUGUAAAGGUUGUUUAGUUAUCAUUUAUGUAUUUACUUAUUUUAUUUAACCAUCAUGCCCAUGCACCUAAACAAGUAAUUACUUAUAUCUUCUCUGUCGUAUCGCUCUUGACAGAGCGGUCGUGGUCACGUUGAGGCGUCCGCAUCGGUAGUAGAGGCGGACACAGCUCUUCGCACGAUCUCCCGCCAUCUGUUACUUAUAUAUUUAAUAGAUAUAAUUAUGUUUGUGAUAAUUAUUAUUUCCACCAAAUUCUUUUCACAUAAUUUAUAGGUAUGCACUUCUUUAUUAGUGGCCCUAUUCGAACUUUAAGAUACGUCAGUUAAUAGAUCUAGAAACGAUUUGGAUUAGAUAUGUCAGUGUCAAAUGUGACGUUUCUUCAAACAAAAACGUCACUUUUGACACUGACACAUCUAAUCCAUAUCGUUUCUAGAUCUAUUAAUUGACGUAUCUUAAUGUUCGAAUAGGGCAGUAAGUAUUAUUAAUUUGUGAGAUUUUAAAUACAAAGAUAUUGUACAUAUUGUUAAAAAUAAAUAAUAUAAUUUUAUGUAAUAAAUAAGAAUCUGAGCACACAGGGACACCCGUUAGUUAAGUAAAAAUAAUAUUAAAAAUCGUUGUAUAUAAGCGAAAAUCUCACUAUCACUCAGCAAAAACAUAAUAAUUAAGUACUCGUACAUCUUUAAACCAUAACAUUACAGAAAAAAAUCUCUUUUUACUAACGUGUGUCCCUGGUUGUUAAUUUGUAUAAAUUAAAUUAUAUUGUAGAUGAAUAUAAUUCGCAGAUACCGUGUGGGGAAACUACGCUUGGAAAAAUAAUAAGUCGACAGUUCAUUCGAUUGAUGUAAUCAUUGACUAAUAGUGGAUUUUAUUUUACGUAGUUCCUGUCUUCUUGAGGCCAUAUAAAAAGACCGUGUAUACGCGGCUUUAUAAUUCCCACAUUUACGCGCGACCAAUCAAAAGGCCCGAUUUCAUGAACACACAUAAACGAUGCAUUGUAACUAUGUGACAAAUUUAUAAAGCCACGUACAGAUGAUCUCAUUUAUAAUGGUUCUUAUAGAUAAGUGUUUGUGUAUCUCACAACACUUCAUAUUAAUGGAACUUUCCUUUCCAUGUUUAAGAUAUUAAUAAGGAAAGUAUAUCCAAUGAUGUUCUUGACUUGUAAGAAAUCAAAAUGCCAUGUUUUGCCAUUAAAUUGUUGUUACAUAGAAUAAUUUUAAUGCUAUGUUUCAACUGUACAAUUCGCCAUUCAUAAUGUGAAAUUUUGCCUAUCUGUGGGUAAAUUUAAAUGUAAAUAAUUGGUUAUUUAUUUGCUAUGUCUUACUACCCACCAUUUUAAUUUAUAUUCUCAGUAAAACGUGCGCAAUAUAAUAUGUAAUAAGUGACUCUACAUCUUGGUAUCUUUAUGCAAAACUUGUGAACUUUGUAGUGGAGAGAUGAAACUCUAAACUUUCGGCUAACUGUAUUUUUCUUAUGUAGGGUCCUAAAAGCGACGAAAUAAAGAUAGAUUUCAAAAUC